GCAGUGUGUGUGGUGGACGUGGCAGUGUCUGUGGUGGACGUGGCAGUGUCCGUGAUGGACGUGGCGGUGUCCGUGAUGGACGUGGCAGUGUACCCGCCUACAGGUAACGGUGUCGGCGUUGAUGCUUCCCUUAUCUGCAAGUCGCCGCAGACUUGGGUCUCGCAAGUACAGCGCCGUGUCCGCUGGCUGCAGGCGGCUACAGGUCGAGCUGGGAGCAAGAGAGAGCGGGAUACCCUGAUACCCUGAUUACCCUGAUACCCUGAUACCCUGAUACCCUUGUCUGGUGGAGCUGAGCUCCAGACGUCUACUGCAGUCAGCCCACGUCAGUGGUAGGCAGCGCUGCGUUGUGUGUAUGUGUGUGUGUGGGAGGCUGCAGUAGACAACGACUGCGCUUGUAGCGGGUGGCGGCCUCGUCACAUCCACCUCAUCAAGUAACUGCGCGUGUACGAGGCUGGAGAUAACGCUGCUCCCCGCCCACCCUCCUACCCCCCGGGUCUAGCGUAUUGAUGACAUAACACAACGUGUCGCCAGACGCCUGCAGCAGCACUACCUCGUGUGUCGGCAGAGCACCGUGAUCACCUGCAACACCGGUGUCUGAGCGCUGGGUCCCAGCGUCAUCGUCUCCAGGUGGAGCACUUCCUGGGGCCUGGACUACGUCCUCCUGUAGACACCUCACCCCACGUGUGCUACGUCAGACAACAAGUCAUCACUCAAGCUGCGCACAGAUCAUCGAAAGACGCGCUUCCGGUGACUGGUCCCCGACUCUGGUGUGCGGGCGUCGUGCCAUCAGGGGGAGGAGGAGUGAGGUCACGUGGUACAGCAUGUCUCGCAGGGCCAGUAUUCUGGCCAAACAGCAGCGCUCCCGUCCAAAGGUUCGUUUCCCAGAUGAUCUGGUCUUCCUCGACAACAUCCGGGAGAACGAUUUGGAUGCUUGCAAGGUCAUGCUCCGCCGGGCAUCGCUCAAAAUUGACAUCAACGCCCUCAACGAUGCCGGCCUGACACCGCUACACCAGGCAGUGCUGGAUGGCAAUCUGGCAGCUGUCAAGCUGCUGGUGGAGCACGGAGCCAACGUCAACGAGCGGGACGCCGACACCUGGACACCCCUCCAUGCCGCCUGCGCUGAGGGGCACACCGACAUCGUCAGGUACUUGUUGACGAAAGGUGCCAACAAGGAAAUCAUGUCGUGCGAGGGUGAGCGCCCCCUGGACUUGGUGGACAGCGCCGACCUGCACACCAUCGGCGCCAUGUUGGAGACGGAGGCGCCUUUGGGAUUAUCCUCGCACAACGAAGACUCCUCUCCCUCCUCAUCUCCCGCCAAACGGCGGCCAACGGGCAAGAGUUCCCGUGAUGGUGACUAGGAAUCAGCGACCACCCGGUGACGUCAUACACAACGCCACCGUCACCGGACUGGCGUGAUAGCAUCAUCACUGACAACGUGGACACUGGGAACCCUCACCUGAUGACGCGCUGGGAGUACACGCACUUCAUGACGUCAGUAACGUGAGGAUGACCCUUCUUGACCUGCACCAAGAACGUCAACAGCAGCGCAUACCACGUGCACCAACGAGUGUGUAUGUGCGCGCGUGCGUGUGCAUUUUUAUUUAAGGGUAGGGGUAGACGACUUGCAGAAGAUACAGCAGCCCCUCAUGCUGUUUCCCCCGAUUUAGAGGCGAAGGCAGCAGACAACUGCCAAUAGAUGGGCAGAAUGUGUGCUGUCAUUUGUCACCAACAUGGUAACCAUGGUGACUGUCGUGAUACAGAAUGUCUCGCCGCUCUCUCCGGAGGACAAGGUCGGUACCUUGGUAACCGAGUGGAUUUCUUACUGUACAAUAUAUCACACCCACUAUUUGUCGGCCGGUAACCAUGCAUUAGUUUGCUCAUGUUUAUGGAAGUAGUAGUUUGGUUUCUAUGAAAAUAAUGGCGCACGUCGGUAAAUCACGUGGUGACGUGGUGACGUGAACUCCUGGGGAGGCGGCGUAGUGCGCGAGGAGAGCUAUGUCCAGAUGUAGCACGUGCCUCACGGAGUCAAGUAGUCGUCCAUCCUAUGUUGUCCCGGUCCUGUUGUGACGAGUGAUGUAUUGUCAUGUCUUUGUCACCACAAUGCCUACACCACCGACUUCACACCACACUUUCACACAACAACCCCACAGCCAGCACCCGGCAAAUGGCUUCUGACCUCCGGUCCACGUGUCUCACUAAUGUAACCACUGCACUGCAAGUCACAAAUCCACUGCGAAGCUGUAUCAUAGUAUAGAAGGUUCUAUUCAUGUAUUACAUUGUUUAAAGUUCUAAUGAUGUAGUCAUGGAAACUUGAGUGUCUGCUGCAACACGAACAUGGUCAUGAUUGUCUGUGACAAGCACAGGUGACAUACUGAGCUGUGAAUGUGGCUGGGUUGGGAUACAAAGUACGUGCAGCUAGCACAUGUAGAGACUUGAUACCUCAUUCGACUUUUUUUAUCAUUAUUUAUUCAGAAAUUGUUUUAGAUAAAUGUAAAACCUUAAAAUAACCAAUAUUUUGUGUUGAAAGUAUAACUGAUAAUGCAUUUUAAUCUUCUUACAAAAUAUAACAAUCAAACCAUGCAAUCCUAUGAUAUGUCAAGUUCCAAACUAGCUACAGCUGCCAGCUUCAAAUAUUUACACAAAACAAAGUAUGAUUUGAUUAACUUACUCAUACCUUUGUAAACAAUGUUGAAAUAACUUGAAUAUACGACUUUUUAUGAAGUGGCAGGCUUUACAGAAAACAACCUGGCAUAGCUUUAUGACCAAACUUUGUAUUGUUAUCUUCAGCCUUAUCUUCUUUUUCAUUCACACCACUGGGAAAACUGAUUAUACAUUAUGACUGUUUUGUUCACACAGAAGGUCCUUUUGCUAAAACUUUAAUAUUGACACCCUAUUUCCCCAACAAUAAGCGCAAUAAACAACAGCCCUAUAGUUUUAAAAUAAAACAGUCUUUGUUAAUUAGUGUCGUAUGCCUUCUCCAGCAAGGCUGAUAUUGAUAAAAGUUCUAAUCCUCACCCAGAAAGAAGAGGCAUAGCAAAACAUUUUGUUGUGGUAACACACUACCACUUCUUAUAAACUAGAAAACCUAAUACAGAUUUCUGUUUUAAUUUGUGUGUGGGUGAGGCCCAUACACAGGUGAAGGGUAGUGAGACAAAUCUAAAAAUGUACAAAACAGGUCUGAGCAGUCAUAAAGUAUCUGUAAGAGAAAAGGAAAUCCAUGAGGACAUGGUACAGACACCUGCUGAGGACUUCCCUUCCUAUGUAACUGUGAACACGUGGGCUGCUGAAUUCAAGCGGGACAGGGUCAGCACAGAAGAUGACCCUCGGUCAGGUCAACCAAAAACCUCAACCACUGAUGAUCAAGUUGAUGUCAAUCACCGUCUGGUUUUGAAUGACGGACAUAUUACUGUCCAGCAGAUAGCUAAGUCCAAAGGCAUUAGUUCUGGUUCAGCCCACACUGUUUUAACCGAGAUCUUGGAGAUGAGCAAGCUGCCUGCUAGAUGGGGCCCAAGAAAACUGAAAAAGGCUGAGCGUCGUUGGACCAAGUACAUUGAUGUCAGGAUGGACUAUUUAGAAAAAUUGUGAAAAGCUGUCUUGUUUCUGCAACUCCUUCUUGGUGAGGCUUAGAACUUUUUGAACGACCCUUGUAUACCAUGAACUAAAAAGUAAAAAACUACAAAUAAGCUAGCGGCACCUUCAAAUGCCCUGUAAGACUUAUUAUCAUAACCACAGGAAUGUCUGUAACAGGUAAUUGCUUAUCUAGGGAUCCUGCUUCAAGAUUAACAAACCCAAUGCUCUUGGCAUUCCAGUCCAGGUGUCUUUUAAUUUCCAUGCCAUCAAUGGUAAGAAAAAAUGAGCCUUCUGAGCCUAUUAAGCAUUUUUAAAACCUGGUUAGAUACUGCUGAGUCAUCUGAAUAUUGAAAAAUAAUUAUCGAAUGAAAAGGGAACAAUUGAUAUUUUUUCUUAAUUCAAUAUUGUUUAAGUAAUUAUUUUUUAAACAGAAAUUUUGGCAGCAAUUAUAGGUAGGUGAACAAAAUGUUUAAAAUGUUUAAAAUGUUUCAUGUUGGCAUAGGUGCUUUUAAGUUCUUUAAUUCAUUACAUCAAUCAGAAACUAAUCCAUUUAAUAUUUCUCUUGUUUCAUUCCUCAUAUGUUUAUCCAAUGCAUUCUUUUUUCAUGGUACAUUGGUACAGUGUCCUCAUAAACAAUCUCUUCCCUAGUGACAGGCACAUAAGUAAGGAUCACUUACCUUCGAAUGGUAGCUUCCUGUGGUAAAACCAUCUUUUUCCAAAGAAAGUGCUUUGCUUGUGCUCCAUAAAAAUACAAUGCUGUUGCAAUUUUUUGAUCAGCAGUGUAUGUGUGUGUAUUCAUGACCUGCUCUCUCAAAUAGUUCUACAGAUAUUAUCUACAAAAUAUCUUGGCAAUAAAUAAUUGUUGUAGCAGAACAUACUAGCAUAGCAGCCUCUCUCAAAACCCCAGUCAUACACCUCCCUGUGAGAAUUAGAGGAACUAUCAUCUGUUAUUCAUUGAUAGAAAAGUGUGCCAUGACGAGAUGAUGGGAAGUCUCCAUGGAAAUGAUGAGAACAAAUUCGCACAUUGAUGCUACCCAAGACUGAUUUCCAGGACAAAUCCUUUUCAUAGUUCAUAGGAUCUGAUGGUGGCCUGAAAAUAUUAAUGCCCAUGUGACAAAAACUCAUUUUGAUUGAAUGCAUUUUCAGUAGGCCAUAGUCUUAAAACUAAUUAUUGUGUACAUGAAAAGCUUCUGCUGUGGAAAUCCUGUAAUGCUUUAUAGUGUUGUCAAUGUUUAUCAUUUAUGUCUCCAUCAUUUGUAAUGCAAGCGAUGUAUUUUUGUUGGAUCAAAUUUUAAAUAAAUAUUUCUUGUUUGAAAAAUU